AUGCUUUGCAGGUGUGGGGCGCUGCAGGUGGGCGACCAGGUCCUGGCGGUGGGGAGCGUGCGGGUGGACGCAGCUCAAGGGGUGGGCGUGGCCGAGGUCCAAGAGAUGCUCCAACAGGCCCCGGGCUCUACCCUGGCGCUGGAAGUGCUUCCCAUUUCCUACAGCAGCAACUGGAGGCUCUCGGAAGGUCGAAGUCGAGGCUAUGCGAAUUCAAAAAGUAGUCCUGUUCAACCUCCAAGCCCCUGCUCUAGUCCUUCUGGAUUCAGUACUUUGAAUCUUCACAGAAGAGGCCAUUAUUCAAGAAGUAAGAGUGACAAUGCUCAUGAAGGAAAUUCAAGCAGUAGUGUUUUCGGAGGAAUAUGCCAUACAGAAUCAUUAUUGGUGAUACUGGAACCAGACGAGCAUGGUUUUGGACUCAGUGCAAGAGACUCAGGAACAGGGGAGGUGGUAGUAUCACAUAUAGAAAGUGAUAGUCCUGCUGAGCGAUCUGGUUGUAUUCAGACCGGAGAUAGGAUUUUAGUUGUUGGAACACAUUCAAUAACAGCAGAAAACCUCACAGCUGGAUGUGUUAUGCAUAUGCUUCAAGAAAUGAGUCAUCAAGCUUCUCGUCUGUCUCUUCAGCUAGAGUUUGAUGUUGCAGAUUCAGUAGUACCUUCCAGUGGAAUUUUCAGUGUUAAAUUAGCCAAACGUGGCAGUGGUUUAGGAAUUACAAUUACAGCUUCCAAAACUCGAACAGCAGGUGAACCGUUGCUCAUCUCAGAUAUCCGACGUGGCUCUGUUGCACAUCGAACAGGCUCAUUACAGCCAGGUGACCGACUAUUGGCAAUAAAUGGAGUACUUUUAGACCAAUGUUCAUUAGAAGAUACUCAACAUAUUCUUCAGAAUUCCUCAGAUAUUGUCACAUUACGUGUACAAAAAGAUGACUCAUUUUCAGAGCAUCCACAGAAUCAAAUAGUGGUAUAUACAGUAGAACUAGUCCGCCAUGGUGGACCACUGGGUAUCACAAUUGCAGGAUCUGAACAACCUUUUGAGCCUAUCACCAUUUCAGGACUGACUGUUGGUGGGUUAGCAGAGAAAACUGGAGCACUUCAUGUAGGAGACCGCUUAUUGGCUAUUUGUGGAGAAUCACUGCAGGGCAAACCACUCUCAGAGGCCAUUAGUCUCUUACAAAAUUCUGGUGAUACAGUCACACUGAAAAUAGCAAGAACAACAGAAAGGACAUCGAGCGCAGAACAACAAAAACAGUCUCUUGGAGAUACUAUUAAUGAAUUGUCUGCUGGCCAGUUUGGACCUGCAUUACCAUCUGUUGACAGUGCUGUGGAGUCAUGGGACAGUAUGAUGGGUCAUGCUUCACCAUCAAAUCAUGUAUCAGUGAUGGAAUUGUACCAGGCUGAAAGUGCUACAGUAAAGAGAAGACAUAAGGCUGAUUUAUCCAGUGAACCUCAACUUGGACAGUGGGAUGGGCUUUCUCGUAGUUCUCAUAGCAUUGAUAGCGGGCAAUCAGGUAGUGCCAAAAAAUUGUUUUUUCAAAGAGUAUUAUCAGAAGAUGACACAAAAGGGCAUUGGGGAAAGACAGAUGAUGUUGCUAAUAUUGAAUCAUCUGAAACCAAACAGACCCCUACAACACUAUUAACAGCACCAGAUGAAAAUCAAACAAAUCUCAGCAAUCCUCACCUUUCAUGUAAUUUACCAGAUUCUCCUCUUCCAUUGCCUCAUUACAUGCAUUGUAAUAAUGACAAAAACAGAUGUAAUGGAAACACAUUUGGUACUAAGCUAAUCAAAGAAGCUAGCAGUAGUACUGGAGAACUUUAUGAUGUGGAGGGAUGCGCCUCAUUCCUUCAACUGAACACACCCACAAAUACCAACCCCAGUCACAUGCAAUUAUACCAGGUAACCCUUUUUAAAGAUCCAGUGUAUGAAGACUUUGGAUUUAGUGUCUCUGAUGGUCUCUAUGAAAGAGGAGUGUUCAUUAACAGAAUCAGGAAAGGGGGUCCAGCAGAUCUCAGUGCAAUACUGAAGCCCUUUGACAGAAUCUUACAGGUAAACGAUACAAGGACACAUGAUUUUGACUGCUGCCUCACAGUUCCACUCAUAGCUUCAGCAGGCGAGAAGCUAGAAUUGACUGUGGCAAGAAAUCCAUACUGCUCAUCUGAAAACAAUAUUGUGUGAUAACGAUAUGAAUUAUAAACCAAGUUUCCCCAAAUGUACAAUGUAUGUUCUGAAAAUGCCCUAUAUUUUAAAUAUGGGCUGGUUAGGUAAGAGUAUGUAAUAUGCAGAAAGUAUUAAACAAUAUAGCUCAUGUACAUUACAAUUCAAACACUAACAACUACCUCCACUUAUUUUUUAUAUGAUGGAAUUGGUAUUUAAUAAAGAAAACGUACAAAUUCUAUAAGUCUUUACUACCCUGUAUCACAGAACUGAUCAUUUCUCCCAAAGAUGAAAGGACUGCUUCAAAAUUUUACAGAUCUUAUGUAUAUAUUUGAAUUAUGACCAAAAUAUGUCUACUUCAUUUAAUGACUAUUUAACUUUCACUUCAAGUAAAGAGAUUUCAGCUGUUAGCCCUGCUUUUCUACAUUCCAUCUUAAUGAGCGCAAAAAACCAUCAUUGGACUGUGUCAAAAUGUUUUGAGCAUACAUUUAAUGUGAUAGUUCAUGUCUUUAUUAUUAACUUCGCACUAGUACCUUUUUCUUCAAGGAAAUUUUCAAUAUUCAACAUUCUUUGACUUUGGUUUCGACUGACUUCAGGAAGUCAAAUGUUAAAAUUUGACCGAGUAUUCCUACCAUAUGAAAGCAAAUUUUGCAUUAGAAAUAUUUCAUACAAUACAUUUAAAUGAGAAUUGAAACAGUCAUGAAAACUUCCUUGUACUAUUUAUAUUUGUUCCAUUUUAUACCCUCAUUACAGUAUUAAACUUCAUAGUGAAUAAUAAAAAUAUGUAAUAAAAGUGUACUUUGUCACUAUGAAUAAAGAAGAGAGUCAUUGCACUUAGUGACAGAGAAAUAACAAUCAAAAAGUACUCGCAUUACCAAUUGUCAGUGCCUAAAAAAUUGAUACUAACAUAGUCAAAGCAUUGUGUAAUUUUCUCAAAACAAGUCAAAAAUUAGUAAUAGGAUUCUCUAUUCUAUGAAGGUCAAGAACGCACUGCAAAUAUUCAUCAAUUAACAGAUUACAAACAUAUAUUUCUGGUUCAAGAAAGAAAUAAAAAAUGAUCUACUUGUUCAUAAUAUACUACAGAAAGAAGUAAUGCUUCUUUGCAAUUAAUUUUUUUUUUUUAAUUUUAAGAAAAUGACUCAUACAGUUUCCAUUUUGUUUUUGAGUCUGAAAUUCUGAAACUUCCAGAAAACACUGGGCUUGCAUAUUAAUUUUCAGCUUAACAAACUUACUACAGUUGAAAUCAUCAUGAAAUCUUCACAACACAAACUAGACAAAUAAUGCAUUUUCUGAAUAAUCGUCUUUAAUUAAAAAAUAAUGAAUUUGUUAUUCAAUUUGGGGCUCUCACAUAUAUUCCUUUCACAUUUGUUUAACAGAACGCCAGAAGAAAAAUUAAUUGCACAUCAUCAAUUCCCUGUUAAAAACAGUAUCUGUCAGCGAAAAAUGUGUGUACAAUUAUAUUGUUUCUCAUGAACAGAAAUUAAUUUCUUUUUUUUCGUUAAGGUUGCAUCAACUACUAGGUCAUUAGCGGCCACUAUUGCUUGUAACGGUAUGGUUACUGUGGGUUGACACGAUAAUGAUG